AUGUUUGUUCUCUCUAUAGCACUCAGUGCUUCCACUAAUGGCCUUGUGCAAGACGUAAAACGAGUCAGCAUUAAACACGAAAGACCGGCUUCACCCUCGCUGAGUUUACCGCCAGAGGACACAUCAAUGAGAGAGGCUACAAGCUUCGACUCCAACAACGUCUCCCAGUCAUCUCUGGGCGAGGGUAACGAACAAGACCUUGCCCAUCUCGACCGAAAUAUUCGACGCAUCAUCGAACUGCAAGAUCCCCAAAUCCUCGAAGCUGGCGCAGUUCGAGCGAUGCAAAUCCUCGAAAGCUUUAAACAAACCUUUGUCAAUUGCGUUACAUCUAGGCUCAACGUAGAGGUGGCUUCCUGGACGGAGACUAUAACAACACUGAUUCCACAAGCUCAGCGAAAGCGCACUGUCAUAGGUGUGGUAGGCAACACAGGAGCUGGAAAGAGCAGUGUAAUCAACGCGAUGCUUAAUGAAGAGCGUCUCGUCCCUACCAACUGCAUGCGGGCUUGCACCGCUGUUGUUACUGAGAUAUCUUGGAAUAACAGUGACGAAGCUUCUUCCAAGUAUCGUGCGGAGAUUGAGUUCAUCAGUCCCGAAGAUUGGGAAAAGGAGCUCUCAGUGCUCAUGCAAGAAUUUUCGUCCGAGAACGGCACACUAUCUCGCGAAGCUCAGGACCCAAAUUCUGAUGCUGGUGUUGCAUGGGCAAAGUUUCACGCUGUGUAUCCAUCUGUGCUAAAGGACGCAUUGCACGAGAGCACUGUACCUACUCUUAUGUCGAAGAACUCCGUUAGGAGCGUUCUCGGAACCACCAAACAGAUACACAUGAGCCAUCCAGGCAGUUUCUAUGUCGAGCUCCAAAAGUAUGUCGACAGUAAAGAAAAGGUGUCUAAAAAGGAUAAAAGCAAGAGUAAGUCGAAGACCUCGCCACCUGAGAUGGAGUACUGGCCCUUGAUCAAAGUCGUCAAAAUAUACACCAAGAGCUCAGCGCUAUCAACGGGCGCCGUCAUUGUGGACCUGCCAGGCGUUCACGACAGUAAUGCUGCUAGAGCUGCUGUAGCUCAGGGCUACAUGAAGCAAUGCACAGGCCUGUGGAUUGUUGCUCCGAUCAACCGCGCUGUAGACGACAAAGCUGCCAAAACUCUUCUUGGAGACUCCUUCAAGCGCCAGUUGAAGUAUGAUGGUGGCUUUUCCAGCGUAACAUUCAUUUGCUCAAAAACAGACGAUAUUUCCAUCACUGAAGCGAUUGAUAGUCUUGACUUGAAUAGAGAAGUCGCAGAACUCGAACAGCAAAGUGGGAGUUACGACGAACAGAUCGAUCAAGUUCAGUGCAGCAUUAAAGAACUCAAAGAAUCGCAACAAGUAUACAAACUUGCGAUAGAAAACCUAGCCGAGGAAAUUGAGACCUGGGAGACACUUUAUGAGCGAGUGCAAGACGGAGAGCUAGUGUACGCACCUAUCACUCAGCCCAAGAAGCGCAAAAAUACCAGCUUAGAUAAAGAACCAUUGAAGAGACAGGCGUUACAAGAGAACUCUAACGAUGAAGUUUCCGGCUCUGAUGACGAAAUCUUCGACUCCGAUGAUGAAGUUCAGUUUCAGAUUGAGCGAGUGGUACUGUCUGAGUUGGACAUCAGAAACAAGCUCAAGGAACUAAGGGAGACCAAGAAGAAUGCUCGACAGGAAAGCGCUAAGAUACAACAUGCGAUUGAUGACUUGAGACCUCAAGUCAGAAAGUUGCAAACCGAGAAGGGCAAGAUCAGAGCAGAAAUGAGCCGGAUCUGCAUUGCUGGACGCAAUCUCUACUCCAAGUCUGCUAUUCGGCAAGAUUUUGCUGCAGGUAUCAGGGAAAUUGACCAAGAGAAUGCUGCUGAAGCAGACGAGGACAGCUUUGACCCUGAUGAAGAGAUGCGUGAUUAUGAGCAAGUCGCGAAGUCCUUGCCCGUCUUCUGCGUCAGCAGCAGAGCAUAUCAAAAGAUGUGUGGACGCAUGCAGAAAGACGAUAAUGUACACGGUUUCACAAGUGUAGAAGAGACUGAAAUCCCGCAGCUCCAGAUUCAUUGCCGGAAGCUCACUGAGGCUGGCCGAAUCCAGACUAGCCGAACCUUCCUAACGGGUUUCCUUCAACUGUUGAUCACUUUCAGGUUGUGGACGUCAGGGAGCAGCCCUGACUUGAAGUUAACUGAAAAAGAUAAACAACAGCACCUGAAGUUUCUAGAGCGAAGGAUGGAAGAACUGAAAACGGGCUUCGAUGACAGCGUGCGUGCUUGUGUGAAGCAAGUGAGAUCCGAGGUGAAGCUUCAAAUCUCCGACAGGUUCCCAGAACUCGUCAAUGAUGCUAUCGAGGCUGCGCCUGCAACAGCUGACGUCUGGGGUCAGAAGGACCAAGGAGGUCUAAGAUGGGGUUCGUACAAAGCCGUAGUCCGCCGUGCGGGUGUCUACCACUCUACAGCAGCGGGGAAGCGGGACUUCAACUCGGAUCUUGUCGAACCCAUUAUGAAGCGGCUCGCGACGGGCUGGGAGCGCACUUUCCAGAGACGCCUCCCAGAAGUACUCAACAGCCACAUCGAUGACCUCAACAAAGUCCUUAACAAAGCCCAUAAAGCCAUUGAAGCGCGUACUCAAUACACUGGGGUUGGACUUGCCAACCUGUCCAUUUUGAAGACACGACUCCCAAUUUACAAAGAUGGUUUCAAGGCAUAUGGUGUUGAUCUUGUCGAUGGGAUGAAGGAAAUCGGACGCGAAGCUAACCGCGACUUUACACCUUGCAUUGUGGACAUGAUGCGUGAUGCAUAUAACAUAUGCGCCGCACAGAAUGGUCCGGGGUCGUUCAAGCGGAUGAAGGAACAUAUGAUAAGCCAUGUUGUAGUUGCUCGACAUACCAUGUUUCGUAAAGCGGUUCAGAAAGUGGACGAGCAUCUCGAAGCCAUGUCCAAAACGCUGCAGGAACGGAUGGAAGCCAAAGCCUACGAGAUCUUUGGCAACGUGAAUAGGGACUACACACAUGCGCUUGGUAACCAUCCUACUCGAGUGCUGUCUAAGGAAGAGCAUGAGAUGAAGUCAGCGACUCGUCAGAUCUUGAGAGGUAUAGAUGCGCAGUUCGAGCCCAUUGCUAAUGGAGAUCUCAGCUCAGUCUAUCCAAAGGUACCUACGAAUGCCCAGAGCAAAGAGCCGGCUCACGAUGGUACAGAGGAGCAUGGUGGUAUGGAUGAUUCGGGACAAGAAUCUUCUGAAGAGGCAGAUGAAGAAACCAACAAUGUCCCUGGAACCUUGUGGGAGAAGUUCAGGUCAUACAACCAGGCAUAUGUCGAGGAUGACAUGGAUGAUGAUGAGUAG